AUGUCCUUAAGCUCUUGGAGGCAAUUUCAACUCUUUGAGAAUAUCCCUAUUAAGGAUCCUAAUUUUGGCGGAAAUUCUCUAUUAUACUCAGAUCCAACCCUUUGUGCAGCUGCAAUAGUGGAUCCUCAAACCUUGAUCAUAGCUGUAAACUCAAACGUUAUAAAAGUAGUUAAACUAGACCAGUCGCAGGUAAUACACGAGUUUCAAGCAUUUCCUCAUGAGUUCCAAAUUACUUUCCUUAAAGUUGUUAACGGUGAAUUCUUAGUCGCAUUAGGUGAAUCCAUCGGCAAACCUUCCUUAAUCAGAAUAUACAAGUUAGACAAAUUGCCGAUCAAGGAACAGGCAUAUCAUUCGCAAGUGGAACUGAAAAAUGGUAAUAACACAUACCCUAUCUCUGUCGUUUCCAUAUCCAAUGACCUUUCGUGCAUAAUGGUGGGAUUCAUUAAUGGAAAGAUCAUUCUUAUUAGGGGUGACAUCUCUAGAGAUAGAGGAUCUCAACAAAGAAUUAUUUAUGAGGACCCGAGCAAAGAACCAGUAACAGCUCUAUUCCUUAAUAACGAUUCGACGGCCUGUUUUGUAGCUACGACUUCAAGAAUUCUUUUAUUCAACACAACUGGUAGAAAUAGAGGUCGCCCAAGUUUAGUUUUGAACUCCAAAAACGGAUUGGAUUUGAACUGUGGAGCCUUUAAUUCAGCUGCCGACGAAUUUAUUUGCUGCUUGAGCAGCUUCAUUGAAUUUUUCAGUGCUACUGGGAAGAAGCAUCAAUUUGCAUUUGAUUUAUCAUCGAGAAAGAAAACAUUUUGUGUAGACAAAGACCACAUUUUAGUUGUCACUGAGGAAACAGCCGGUCCAUCUACAUCAAUUAAUGUUAAUGAACUAUCUCCCACAAUAAUAAACCGAGUAUUUAUCAUUGAUACUAAAAAUAAAAUAAUUUCGCUCAAUUUUGUUGUUUCUAGUGCAAUUAUUGACAUCUUCUCUGCAGCCCAAAGUGGCAAAAACAUCACAUAUCUAUUGACAUCUGAAGGAGUGAUGCACAGAAUAACUUUAAAGCCUUUAGAAAAUCAGAUUGGUAUUAUCAUUCAGAAAGAGCUCUAUCCGUUUGCUUUGCAACUAGCGAAACAAUAUUCGCUGCCAUCGUUGGACGUUCAAAAAAUUCACAAAAAAUACGGUGAUUACCUAUUCAAAAAGGGCCUCAAAAAGGAGGCAACGGACCAAUAUAUCCAGUGCUUGGAUGUUGUGGAAACCAGCGAAGUCAUAUCAAAAUUUGGUGUAAAAGAAGUUCCCGAUCCAGAGAGUAUGAAAAAUUUGGCCGAUUAUCUGUGGUCUUUAAUCAAAAACUCUAUUUCUCAAUGCGAUCACAUAACUUUGUUGCUUAUUGUCUUAAUAAAACUGAAAGAUGUAGAAGGAAUUGAAACAUUCAUUCAGCAUUUUGAUAGAAAUGGCAAUUGGAAUGAAGAGAUUGUAAAAGACGAUAUGGAUGAUGUAACGUUUUUUUAUUCGGAUAACGAGUUUUUUGAUUUGGAUUUGAUAUUAGAACUUCUAAAGGAGUCCGAUUUCAAACGCCUUUCUUAUCAACUUGCAAAGAGGUAUUCAAAGGAUUCAUUGAUUAUAGUGGAUAUCUUAUUGAAUUUGUUAAAUAAUCCUCUAAAGGCCAUAAAAUAUAUUAAAAGUUUACCCAUUGAUGAAACUCUUAGAUGCCUCGUGAUAUAUUCGAAAAAAUUAUUAGAGGAGUCGCCUAAUGAAACCAAUGCUUUACUAAUCAAAGUGUUUACUGGUAAGUUUAGACCAACGAAUUUUGAAGUAGAACUAGACCGUAGAGACACCACAAGUGAUUUUUCUGAAAACAUCAGGACAGUAUUUUACAGUUACAAGACUUUUUUCAAUUAUAUGAACUCUAAUGGAAAAUCCGACGUGAUGAGCGAGUCUUCAGACACAUCAAACGAAAAUGAAGCGCCUACCUACCAUCCACCAAAACCAUCCAUUGUUUUCAGCUCAUUUGUUUCCAAGCCUUUUGAAUUUGUUGUGUUUUUAGAAGCCUGCUUGGCAUGUUACCAGCAGUAUGAGGGGUUUGAUGAAGAUAGACAAGUCAUUUUAACUACUCUAUACGACUUGUAUUUAAAUUUGGCACAAGAGGAUGUUCCUGAACGUAUUAAUGAUUGGCGUUCAAGAGCCACUGGUGUUUUAAACGAAAGUAACAAAUUGGUGAAUUCCAGUAUUGCUUCGACUGGAAAAAAUGUCGAUAACUCGCUAAUGUUACUGAUUUCUCACAUGGAUAAAAGUAGCUCUUCAUCAAAAAACAAUACUAAUGACAUUAAUAUAGCAUCGUGUGCUCAUGAUAACUCCGAGAUGGAUUUACUAAGUACAUUUAGGGCUAUGACACUAAAUGACRAACCAAAUACGUGCCUAAAUUUUCUUCAAAGAUACGGAGCGGAAGAACCGAAGAUCCUACAAGUGGCGUUGAAUUACUUUGUUUCUAAUAAGCAUAUCUUCAAGGAAAUGGGUGGUAACGAAGCACUGAAGGAAAAUGUCUUGAGACCUAUUAUAGAAGGAGAAUUGAUGUCAUUGCUUGAUAUAAUUAAAGUACUUUCUCGUACAAGUGUGGCUCACUUCGGGCUGAUACAAGAUGUCAUUAUUAACUAUGUAAAAAACGAGGACGUAGAAAUUAAGAGAAAUGAAAAAUUGAUUGAUUCUUAUGACAAGGAGCUAAACGAGAAAAAGGAGAAACUAAAGAGUUUGAUCAACUCAGAUCAACCUAUCCACGUACCCCUGAAGAACCAAACAUGUUUCAUGUGCAAUUUGACAUUAGAUAUUCCUGUUGUCUUUUUCAAAUGUGGACACACCUACCAUCAACAUUGUCUCAAUGAAGAAGAAGACACUUUAGAGGGCGAAAGAAAGCUGUUCAAAUGUCCUAAAUGCUUAGUAGAAUUGGAAACGUCCAACAAACUUUAUGAAGCUCAACACGAAGUAAUCCAGAAGAACGAUCUUUUGGACUUUGCCUUGAACAGUGAAGAAGGAAGUAAAGACCGCUUCAAAGUUGUAACAGAAUUUUUGGGGAGAGGUGCCAUCAGCUAUUCUGACAUCACUAUCGAAUGA